UGUUGAUACUCAGGAUAUUAUUAUAUAUAUAUAUUUUUUGUUGUACCUCUUGAUAACAGGAAACAACACGGGCAGUAAUCGUCCUUUUUUUUUAGUCGCACUUGAGAUGUACGAUCUUUCUUUCCUCCCCGGAGACGCUCCAGUUGCUUGUACAGUAAUACUGCAUUAUUCAUCCUGCAUCUGUCGUAGUCAGUGGGUCGUCGCAUACAGCUGGUGAUGUAUCGUGUUUUGCAACUGUCAGCAAUCGUAAGCACGUUCUAGAACACUGGUGUCAAACUCGAGGCCCGGGGGCCAGCUCUGGCCCGCCGUAUGGUUUUAUGUGGCCCACGGAGGCAAAUCGUGUGUGUCAUCUUCGAGGAUUUUUGUUGAAAUUUCAAAUUUGCCAUGUCAUAAAUGACAACUUGGAGAUAUUUCCAGGAUUUUUGUGUUUCCAAACAAAAUGAACAAUAGUCGGAAAAACCCGCUUAGCUUUAUUUCUGAUUCAAAGACUAGUUGAUAAAUUGCAUGCGUAAAUAUAAGGAGACGGUUAAAAAUUGUUAUUGUUUCACAAUCAUAAUAACAACUACGGUGUGGCAAAAAUGAGUUUGACGCCACUGUUCAAGAACAUACACAUCCACACCACGACUGCCUCCUCCGCGAUGUGGCGCGGUUUUCCUUAUAUAUAUAUUUAUAGGCGGCACGGUGGCCUCACGGUUCUGAGGACCCGGGUUCGAUCACUGCCCCACCUGUGUGGAGUUUGCAUGUUCUCCCCGUGCCUGCGUGGGUUUCCUCUGGGUACUCCGGUUUCCACAACAUUAAUCGGACACUCGAAAUUGCCCCGAGGUGCGAUUGUGAGUGCGGCUGUUUGUCUCGACGUGCGCUGCGAUUGGCUGGCGACCACUUCAGGGUGUACCCCGGCUCCUGCCUGUUGACAGGUUGGACAGGCUCCAGCAUUCCCUGCAACCCUUGUGAGGAUAAGCGGCUAAGAAAAUGGAUGGCGUUGUGUGUAUAUAUAUAUAUUUGUUUUUGUUUUUUAAUAUUCAAAAAGAUGUUUGAAUAGUUUUAAAGUUUAUCCGAAGUUACCUCGCUGAUGCAUGAAAUCGUUGGGUCGGACUGGACAGUAUUUGGGUCUGGUACAUUCAAAAUCAGGUAAAUCUCAUUCCGUUCAAUCAAAAUUUGUCGGUAUAUCAUAAGAAAAUUGUGUCACCGCUGCUUUUAUGCCGGAUGCAUUUCUCUGUAAGAGAUAUUUUUGAAUGAUUUACGCGAGUGUAUUCGGGAGCAACAACAAAACACACAAGAAACAUUUCCGUGAUGUGUGAGGGAAAUAAUCCCGAAUUAUAUCCUGACGUCAAUUUUUUUUUAUUAUUAUUUUUUCCUCGUGGACACACGUCGUGGGCAGAACAGAACCGGUGCGAGGGUUGGGCUUCCUUUUGGAAGACUCGACGGCACAUUCCAGGCAAAGUCAGAAGCAGAAUUUUGGAUGCGCGGCCAGACAAGACGGAAGCGGCAGUUCGGAAAAGAGCAACACAGAACCCGGUCGGAGCGCCGGGGGAGAAGCCGGGGACGCCGGACCGCGGUGAUGUGAACAGCCAAAACCUCGUCUCCUUUCGCCAUGGGGAAAGACUACUACAAGACCUUGGGCAUCCCCAAGGGCUCCAACGAGGAGGAGAUCAAGAAGGCCUACCGGCGCAUGGCGCUGCGCUUCCACCCUGACAAGAACACGGAUGCCGACGCCGAGGAGAAGUUCAAGGAGAUCGCCGAGGCCUACGAGGUGCUCAGCGACCCCAAGAAGAGGCUCGUCUACGACCAGCUCGGGGAGGAAGGUUUCAAGACCGGGGGCAGCAGCUCGUCCGGUGCUCCCGGUACCUCGACGCAGCACUACACCUUCCACGGAGACCCCCACGCCACCUUCGCCACCUUCUUCGGGGGCUCCAAUCCGUUCGAUAUGUUUUUCAGCUCCAACCGCGGCCACGCCCGCGCCAACGGUUUCCCCUUCCACAGCGAGCACGCGAACGACGGCGAGCCGGACGCCGACGCGGACGACGACGACGACCACUUCGUUCACUUCGGGAGGCCGUUUGGCUUCGCGGGAGGGAUGAAAAACAGCGAGGGCCGCAGGAGGAGGGGCGGGCCCCCGGAGUGCCCGGGGGCGGCUCGCAAGCAGCAGGACCCCCCGGUGGUCCACGAGCUGAAGGUCUCGCUGGAGGAGGUCUUCCACGGCUGCACCAAGCGUAUGAAGAUCACGCGCCGCAGGCUGAACCCGGAUGGGAGGAGCUUGAGGACCGAGGACAAGAUUCUCAACAUUGUGAUCAAGAAGGGCUGGAAGGAGGGCACCAAGAUCACCUUCCCCAAGGAGGGCGACCAGACCCCCGAGAAUAUUCCCGCCGACAUCGCCUUUGUGCUCAAAGACAAGGGCCACGCCCACUUCAAGCGAGAUGGUUCCAAUAUCAUUUAUAACUGCAAGAUCAGCCUCAAAGAGGCGUUGUGCGGCUGCACGCUCAGCAUCCCCACGCUGGAGAAGCGUUUCAUCGCCCUGCCGUGCCACGACAUCAUCAAACCCGGGACGGUCAAGCGGCUCCGGGGGGAGGGCCUGCCGUUCCCCAAGAACCCCUCGCAACGCGGCGACCUCAUCGUGGAGUUCUCGGUCCGCUUCCCGGACAGGAUCUUGCCCCAGUCCAAAGAGAUUAUCAGACUCCAUCUUCCUCCAUCGUAAGAAUUCCGUAACCGAGAUGGAUCUGGAUCCUCUCCUGCGGUUUACGAACCCCUCCCGUGAUCCGUCACUCCCUCUCGGCGUUUUUACAGGUCCUCUCGGGAUUCGCGGGUGGGGGGCCGACAUUUUAUUGGGGUUCAAACUGCACAAUCUAAUAAAAUCCACUGCAAGAGCCGGAACAAGAACUCUGCCUUGGCAAAAAUUUGGAUUGACACUAUCAGAGACACAAUGUUUCUUACUAUAGUUGUUGCGGUUUACAGUGGGUUUCGAAUUACAUCGCUUCGUACCAGAAGGUAUUUACAACAUUUUGCUUACCUUUAAUUGAGCAACAGGAGAAGGAAAAUAAAAGUAUGGCUUGACUGUAACUUCCAUAAAUAGUUCAUAGACGCCACGCAUCGCUUCGUUGCCGACUGCAUCACAUAGCGGAGACGUCACUGCCAAAUUUCAGACGCACAAAGUGAUACUCCUUGAUAAUUACAGUAUAGUAAUCGAUGUGUAUCCCUGCAUAAUCGGGGUUUGGCAUCCACAGAUUAUAUUACGCGCAGGAUUUUUUUUCCCCAAUUUUUAAAAAUCUAUUUCUUGAUCUUAUAAUUUUUGGGGGGAAAGAAUGGGGACCAACCCUAAUACAAUUAGUGGUGAUCUAUCCCUAAUUAUUAAAGAAUUUUUUGAGUAAAAAAACAAACAUAUGUCCAAAAAUAAAUACAUUAAAAAAAUAAUAAUGCAAUUACCGUAAUUCCCGGCCUACAGAGCGCACCUGGUUAUAACCCUCGGUAUGCAGAAAGAGUUUAACGCUAGCGCGGCACUAAACUAGCUAAGCUAGAUAGCUAACGCUAGCGCCGCACUAACGCUAGCGCCCCACUAAUGCUAGCGCCGCAUCACCGCAUUAACCACAUGGUUGAAAGCGUGUGAAAAACGCCGCGGCUUGUAGGCCGGAAAUUACGCUAAGGGGUGGAUCAAAAAAUAAAGGGUGGAUUUUUGCAUUGUACAGUAUUUUACACAUUUCUACAAAAAAUAUUUAUCUUAUUGAAUAUUAUUUUCAAUAUGCAUCUAGACAAAAUAAUAAAUGUGUGGUACACAAGGCCGUUGAUUUAACACCGCUGGCCACUAUUUCAGGAAAUAGACAAUACCGUACAGCAUACAGUAUUAAAAUUGUUGUUCCUCCAUGUUUUUUGUUAUCUGCACACCAGUCAGUUUGAUUUACAUUUUUUCCUUUUACGAUGAUAUCUUGGCUCUUUCAAAACAGUCCUAUCGGUGGUUUCCUCCGCACCAUUUUGGGUGCCCCUCUGAUAUUUCUACACAGCGCCAUUUAUUUCUUCGGAACUUCUCUGCCGAUUAGAUGAUCAACUUGAAUUAGAAUAACAAAUGAGGAAUGACAAUCAUAUACUGGCUGAAUCAGCAGUUUAAGCUCAGAGCUUGCACAGCAAAAUCGGUGCUUUUCCGUUUGAACCGCACAGCCAGGCUCGCUAUUUAUGUGCCUUAGCCAAAUGUCGUAACACACACACACAUACACGCGCACAAAACCAACAGAUAAAAAUGUAACACACAACCAGCCAUGAGCAACUGUAAGCAAACGACCUUAAAAGCAGUCAAAACGUUGUACUGUAAGCGCGCGCAACCAGUAGACAUCCUCGCGCGGACUCAUUUAUUUUGCUGUCAAAUGCUACGGACCUUUCCGACUGGCGAUCUUAAGCUCCGCCCCCUUAGCUACAGUUGCCAUGUCCCGCAAGCUUCCAAAAUGGCGACUGAACAGAACAGGUUUGAAGUCGAUUCUUUAGAAGUGAGUGGGUGUAUUCAUUUGACCCGGCCCGUAAUGGAACCCAGUGCUCUGUCUUAAAAGUCCGAUGUGAUGCAAAUCGGCAAAUAGAAAUUUCUCUUGCACGACAUUAGCGUAUUUACGUAUCGCUAACCCGACUCUCCGGCAUAAAACAUGACACGCUUCAUUCAGCAGGUCAGUCAUACGCUAACAAAGUGAAAGUUGUUCUCCUGCAAUGUAUAAAGCCCUGAUAAUAAUUCAAGAUACUUCUCCCUCACUUACCUUGGAACACACAGCCUUGUGUUUGUUGAUAUUGUCCACAUUUAGUUGUACGCGCGCUCUUCCGCGAGCCUUAAUCCAUCGUAGACACUUCGUCAACUGUGUUUUAGGCUUUGGAAAAUGAAUCAAGCGGGCCCCUUGUAAUCUUUCAUCAGAAUUGCGCGUCCUCCAAGCGCAUCUGAGGACCAUUUUCCUCGUAACAUAAACUUUUCCAAGCGCACGCUACUGACAACCAGCAUUGCUUGCGGGGCAACAUGGCGAGAGGGGCGUGUCAAGACAAUGCGGCUAUCUGAUUGGCUAUUAUUGUACGAGCGAUUGACGGGUCGGAAAGGUCCAUUCAGCACAGGUUGAGUUGCAGUACCACUGAAUAGAGCUGGACAAUAAAUACUGUCACGGUGAGUCCUCCGGGGGCCGCCAUCUUGUCGCCCGUUUUGUUUCGAUUUCUCUCGUGUCAUUCCAAGGCGCUGGUGCUACCGUGAGCGGUGCCGACAACAACCUUUUGCUUUCGUUGACUAAUUUAUUCAUAUUUAAACUUUGCUUGUGCCACGUGUAACAUCUGUACAUUGAUAUUUAACCUUUUUUUUUUUUUUUUAAGGAGAAACCCAUGAAUAUACAGUGCGAAUACUGGAUCCGCUGUGCUAUGUUUCACUUGUAGGUGGCCCUUUGGUUAUUUCUAAAGUUGUUUAUAGGCAGUUUGAGGGGUCUACUGUGCAUUAGUUGGCCAAAAUAUUAAAUAUAGCUGCACAUUCGAAUGAGUUUCAAUCUCCCGCCUCGGCUCUCAUUACUGAACGUGCAGUUGUACGCAAACGGUAAUCGCAAAUAAAUGCACUUGACGUCCUGUAAAAGAACUCAAAUAAGCCCUGGAUGACAUCAGGACAUGGAUAAUGUCAUACCAUAUGAAAUAUGAAGUCGGCUCCAGGCAGAAAGCACACGUGCUGCUGCUG